AUGUUUUUCAGAUCAGUACAUCAAAUACAAGUUCACUCUGUGUCGGUAAGAUUUGAAGUCAGUCACGACGGUUGCUGGAACAUGAUAAAAAUUUCCGUGUCCGAGUCAUAUGACAUAGUACUAACCGGUGGGAUGAAUGUCUUUAAAAUCAUUCUAAAAGUCUAUGAUAUAACCUUACAGGCUCAAAAUCAAAGAAAAUGUUGUGCCUAUUAUACAGGCUACAAAACGCUUCGUCGCCAUCAUUAUUUCACCUUUUAUCUCAGGACACAAAAGCAACUGAAGAGGAGCCUGGAGUCUGGUCGUCUGGGGAAUCGCAUGUGGAGCGCCUCCGCAGGUCUGGCCGAAGAGAAGGUUAUACAGGAGAGUGUGCAGUCAGCUGUUCUGGUGUCCCUGUUGGUGGCACUUCCGGCCUCUGUAACAACUUCUGAAAACAGGAAUGAAAUGCCGAAGUUCGUUCAUUCUCCCUCUGGGGAUUCCCUCAAAGAUCAAAGCAUAAUCAAACGUACUGUAUCGUUCAGUUCUUGCACGGGCGUCUACGACCGCGAACUCCUUGUAAGCCUCGACCGCGUGUGCGAAGACUGCUACAACCUCUACCGCGACGUUGGAGUGGCGGCCGAAUGCAGGAGUAAUUGUUUCCACAACGAGGUGUUCCUGUACUGCGUGGUCUACAUGUUCCGGCCUCGCCAAAGGAACCAGUACCGGGCCGCCCUCCAGAGGCUCGGCAAGUAG